UUUGACUGUAUUUGUCUUUGAGGGAGAGAAAAUUAUAGACCAACACAAAAUAGGGACAAAAGUGCAAAUGACCCGAAUUUCAAACCGGGAGACCCAAAUUCCAUCUACCGGACUGGAUUAUAAACAAAUUCGAACCCGGAAUUUCACCACAGUACCUCUGUUCGAAUUUUCCCUUUCUCCUGUGAAUUCAGUUGUAAGAAAGCGUGAAAAGGAAACGAAAAUGAAAUUCUUGGAUUGGUACCUGAAAAUUGCCGUUGUUUCUGCUAUGAUUGGUGGUUCCAUGGAGCUAUUCAUGAUCAAAACUGGCUUUUAUGAUAAGGUAACUGUUCUCGAGGCAGAAAAGAGAGCUUGGGAGAGUUCUCCUGAAGCUAAAGCUGUCAGAGAAGCUCUGAAUCCAUGGAGACAUCAUGAUGCCGAAGCAGGAAAAAGUUCUUAGCCUGUGCCCUUCCUAUUAGUUUAAUUUAAGGAAUUCUGUGGCCUCUAUUCAUAUCUCUCGUGGAUAUUGAUGACGCAUUGUUUAUCCAGUGCAGUUUCUCCCCUUUUUGUCGUUAUUUCAGUUUAACAUUCGAUGGAAAUGUACUGUGAAGCAAUCGUCCUUGUAUAUGAAAAAACGAAGUCCUAUUAGGUUAUAGCCGAAGUAUCCUCAUGUUAAAGAUGAAGUCAGGUUAGAGUACCGUUGGUGAAUAACCACAUCAUGCAUGGUCUGGGACUGUUCUCCCAUGGUGAAUUUGAGAUAUGCCUUUUAAUGUUCAAGGAAACAUUAGUUGUAACAUCUAAUGACCAUCUAAAGCAGCAGCAGCUUACAUUAUCUGAGUUCUUUUUGUGGGUUAGUUGAGGUUCAACACAGCGGAGAAGGUGAUGUACUAGAACAUGGAAAAUACAUCUUCAUUAGCAGCUGUAUCCAUUCAUUAAUUGUAGCAUAGCCUUGUGUUUUCUAAUGAAGCAGCAGUUGUUAUUACCUGGUUGUCUCCU